UUGAAAAAUUCAAAACAAGUGCGGCUCGACUGUCGGACCCGGAGCAUGGAGGCUCUACCGGCCGCUUUGGGGUAGGAAACUGCCAUCUGACACGGUGUGUUGUGCUGUUAUCGAUCAUAUUAGGCUGUUAUGAGCGGUUUAGAGGAGUUUGAUCGGUAUGUUUGGCAGAAAUCCGCCUGGCCCGUGUAACGGUUGUUAACGGUAGCUCUGCCGGGGUGCAGACCGGGAUGCAGACCGGGGUCUGACGGGAGGCGGUGAGUUACUUCAGCAGCUGGUUCGUCUAAACAGAAACACAGCACCUGGCUAGUCGAGGCAGUCCAGGGUGAUGGAGGCGUCGGAGAAGCCCGCGACCGCGGUGGAGGUGCCCAGACCGCCCACCAUCGACGACUUCGAGGUGGUGAAGCCCAUCAGCCGCGGCGCCUUCGGCAAGGUGUUCCUGGCGAGGAAGAAGAGCAACUCCAAGCUGUUCGCUGUGAAGGUGGUGAAGAAGUCGGACAUGGUAGACAAGAACAUGAGUGAUCAGAUGCGGGCGGAGAGAGAUGCUCUGGCCCUCAGCAAAAGUCCUUUCAUCGUACACUUGUUUUACUCUCUUCAGACGCCGGCUAAGGUGUAUUUGGUGAUGGAGUACCUGAUUGGUGGUGAUGUGAAGUCACUGCUGCACAUCUAUGGCUACUUUGAUGAGGACAUGUCAUUAAAAUACAUUUCAGAAGUGGCGCUAGCUUUGGAUUAUCUUCACCGACAUGGGAUCAUCCAUAGGGAUCUCAAACCUGACAACAUGCUUAUCUCCAAUGAAGGCCACAUUAAGCUGACUGAUUUUGGCCUCUCCAAAGUGAAACUUGACCGAGAACUGAAUCUUAUGGACAUAUUGACCACACCGUCUUUGGCAAAACCAAAGAAAGACUAUUUCAGAACGCCUGGUCAAGUUUUGUCCUUGAUAAGUUCCCUUGGUCUUAAUACUCCAGUGUUAGAAGGUAAACGUCACAGCAGCGCUUCAGCCGUGGCCAGCCCUGUGUCCUGUGGGAAAGUGGAGCAGAGAAAGAGUUUGCUAUCCUCUCCUUUGCCGUCCAGACGAAGGGACCACCUGUGUUCUCCUAUUUGUCCCGCACGAGCCCUUGGAGCUAACAGUGUCUUUAGCCCUGGUGUAGUGGCUAAAAGCCUGACACCAAGGCUGUUGAAGGCCAGGAAGAGGUUUGAGUCCUUAAGUGUUGGCAGCGCUCAUUCUUCUCUCCUGCUGUCUGCCACUGACUCUGAAAGCUGCAUCAGCCCACUGUGGGAAGAUGCGCAGACAUUAGAAGGCACCGAGAACCUCCCGCCUCCACAUGGAAAGGAUGUAGUUGACCAAGCUGGACAAAAACACCCCGUGACUGUUUCUGAGGGAAGAAUGAGAAGUGAAAUACAGACGUCUGGAAACGAGACUCCACUGACACCACUCCACAACCUAAACUCGAGGUCACGGUCUCUUAAUAAAGUCAUUGUGGACAAGAGUAACGUAAAGCCAGAUACUUCAGCAGGAAAAAGGCUCCACUUCACUGAAGCUGACAUCUGCCUUUCUCCCAGCAGGAAGACUCCUCUUAAACAGUCAUUUGAGAGCAGCCUUACAAAACCUGAGACGGGUUUCGCCUGCACUAGCCAGUCAUUGGAGAAAAUGUCGGCUCAAAAGUCAAGCUCUUCAGUAAAACGAGGGUUUGCAUUGGUGGACAAAAGCCCUGAACAAGCCGAGAUUAAAGCCAAGAAGAGUGACGUUGAGUACAGGAGAUGUUUUCCAAUUCCAGAGAAUGAUGCGAGAGGCCAUACUGGACUGACUGGGAUUUUCUCUGCUGUUGGGCUGGGUUGUGAAGAAGCAAUGUGGAAAGCCUCAGAUCAGAGAGCCAUGGGCAUCCCUAAACAGUCUAGCCCCGCUAAUGUGGCCAAGAAUCUUUUGUGUGAGCUGGAAGAGCCAGGGGAAAAUGGUGGUGCUUUGGCAAGCUCCAGCUUCACUUCUUCUCCUGAAGCUAACCGAGACCUGAGUAGAAGCCUUAGCCUAGAUUCAGACAAUUCGGUCCUUGAAAUGUCUGUGAUUACAAACACACCACCUCCAAAAAACUGUCUUAGAGGUGGUCUCUUGCCUUCAUUCCAGGAGCUGGAUGAAAAUGAAAGAUCUGCUGUGGUUCCACCACAGACAGAAUACUCUGACACACCGAAGCAGCAUCAGAAAACUGAAUCCGAUUGCUCCGUCUUGGACCAUCACAUUCGGUCCAGCAGCCUGGUCAGAUCACCUUCCUUCCUCAAACCCAGGAAUGUGGUGGCCUUCAGAAGCUACUGUAGCUCCAUUAACCGAUCAAACAUGUCCUGUAGCUCUCGCCUCAGUAUUGCCUCCAUGGAUGCCAUAGAUAUGUCGGCCUCAUCCUCCUUCCACAGUGCUCCAACUGCUGUGACCCCCGUGCAGAAGAAAAGGUCCAGCCUCAACAGCUCACUGUACCAGACUCCACAGCCUAUGGUUUUGUCUCACACCCCUUAUCGAACACCCAAGAGUGUCCGUAGAGGUCCAGGACCAGUGGAGGGGGCUCCCAUCCUAGGUACCCCUGACUACUUGGCCCCAGAACUUUUACUGGGCAAACAUCAUGUUGCAGGAACACUUGAGUGCGAUUUUAUGGUGGACUGGUGGGCACUGGGUGUCUGCCUCUUUGAGUUCCUCACUGGAGUACCACCGUUCAACGAUGAAACUCCUCAACUUGUGUUCCAGAACAUUCUCAACCGAGAUAUACCAUGGCCUGAUGGAGAAGAGGAAUUGCCCCACAGUGCAAGAAAUGCUAUAGAGAUUCUCCUUACUACAGAUGUAAACAAACGGGCUGGUCUGAAAGAGCUGAAAGAGCAUCCAUUCUUUGCGGGUUUGGACUGGGACAACCUCCAGAACCAGGCCAUGCCCUUCAUUCCUCAACCUGAUGAUGAGACAGACACCUCGUACUUCGAGGCGAGAAACACUGCCCAAUGCUUGGCCCUGUCUGGCUUUAGCCUGUAACAGACGCUCACACGUUCAGCUCACUGUUAGCUCACAAUUCCGUGGCACAUUGCUUCAUUAUAGAGAUGUGUUAAGGAUUACUGAUGCAACAACUACCACCUGUGCAACUGCUUUAGCUGAUUUCUAUAGCGGUCUUCCUUCAGUGUUUUCUUUUUGUGAGUCUUUGUUAAUGUUUUAAAAGUGUUACUCCUUGGUUUGUUGGAUUAUUUACCCAGGAGUCAGUUAAUAUGACUCAGAUCAUAUAGCAGUAUUUAGGUGAAAUGGGUAAAUAUGUAGAGGAAUAGAGUUACAGCUUUACUAAAAUAACAGGUUUUAAAGGACGUCUGAAACCAUGUAUACAUUUGCUUAGUGCUUUAUCUUGUGUACUUAUGCCCACAGUUCAGGUUGUGGCAGACAAAAUAGGCACUGAUUCCAGAUCAGGACUCUUAAUUUGUACACUCAGGACUGUUCCUGACAUUGGUCAGAAUGUUUUUAGUGUAUGAGUACUAUGUAUGCAAGGAGAGUAAUAUACUGUUAUAACACUAUUAUGUGUUCUGUCAUCAUAUUGACAUAAAUAUGACUACCGCUUUUAAAUGUCUUCUGCUACUAGUAAUAUUCUUUACUGAUUCCUGCAAGAGAGUAUCUUUAAUGAUCUGUCUGUGCAUUCCUAAUAAUGUGCACUUUCUAUGCAAAAAGCUUUUAUCACUACUUUUCAGUGUGUAACAGAUGUAAAUAGUACCUAUGUUUAAAUAAAAUUCAUUUAAUAUGUC